AAGGACAAAAUGGUCAGUCUGAUCACUUGGAUUUCAUCAUAGCUGUUCUCUUUUUCGUCUCUCUCCUUCAUUUCCAUUCUCCUCUGCAAAUUUUCUUUCGAUCUACCAAAUCCAUUUCUACCAGAAAACGCAAUCAGAGAAGGAGAUGAAAGAGAGUACUGGUAAUGGGCCUUUGAUUUUGGACAUAGAAGAUUUUAAGGGGGAUUUUUCAUUUGACGCGUUGUUUGGUAAUCUUGUGAAUGAGUUGCUACCUUCUUAUCAAGAAGAUGAUGGGGAUGGACAUGAUGGGCAUGGUAAUAUGGGUGCCAAUGAUGUAUUGGCGAAUGGUCGGAUGUCGUCUGAUGCAACCAAAGCAGCGCAAGGGCUGUCCAUGCCUUUGUUUCCAGAAGUAGAUGCUUUAUUGGCACUUUUUAAAGAUUCUUGCAAGGAGUUAAUCGAUCUCCGGCAACGGGUUGAUACAAGGCUUAGCGGUCUCAAAAAGGAGGUCUCCCAACAGGAUGCUAAGCAUCGAAAGACACUUGCUGAGCUUGAAAAAGGAGUUGAUGGGCUGUUUGAUAGCUUUGCGAGGUUGGAUUCCCGCAUCUCAAGUGUUGGACAGACUGCAGCUAAAAUUGGUGAUCAUCUACAGAGUGCAGAUGCUCAGCGAGAAACUGCAAGUCAAACAAUCGAUCUGAUAAAGUAUUUGAUGGAGUUUAAUAGCACUCCUGGAGAUCUUAUGGAACUUUCACCUCUGUUUUCUGACGACAGCCGUGUUGCUGAGGCUGCUUCAAUUGCUCAAAAGCUACGGCAAUUUGCUGAGGAAGACGUAGGAAGACAAGGUAUAGGAGUACAGUCGGCCGCAGGAAAUGCUGCUGCAAGUAGAGGUUUAGAAGUUGCUGUUGCUAAUCUCCAAGACUACUGCAAUGAAUUAGAGAAUAGAUUAUUACAAAGAUUCGAUGCUGCAUCUCAAAGAAGGGAGCUGUCAGCCAUGGCCGAAUGUGCCAAAAUAUUGUCCCAGUUUAACAGGGGCAGCAGCGCCAUGCAGCACUAUGUGGCAACACGUCCGAUGUUUAUUGAUGUAGAGAUCAUGAACGCAGACAACAGAUUGGUUCUUGGUGAACAAGGCUCACAAGCCAAUCCGAGUAAUGUUGCUCGUGGACUUUCCUCAUUAUACAAGGAGAUAGCAGAUACUGUUAGGAAAGAAUCUGCGACUAUAAUGGCUGUAUUUCCAUCCCCAAACGAAGUUAUGUCAAUCCUUGUUCAGAGAGUUUUGGAACAAAGGGUCACUGCACUUUUGGAUAAGUUGUUACGAAAGCCAUCUCUUCUCCAUCCUCCUCCAUUGGAAGAGGGUGGGCUCCUCGUAUACCUUAGAAUGUUAGCUGUUGCCUAUGAGAAAACCCAGGAACUUGCAAGGGAUCUUCGUGUAGUUGGCUGUGGAGACUUGGAUGUUGAGGGUCUAACAGAAUCUUUAUUUUCUGCACAUAAAGAGGAUUAUCCUGAACAUGAACAGGAAUCUCUUAAACAACUAUAUCAAGCAAAGAUGGAAGAAUUACGUGCUGAAAGCCUUUCAGAGUUAGGAAGUGGAACUGGGAGUAUUGGACGAUUUAAAGGGGCUUCUAUAGCCUCUAAUCAUCAACAAAUAUCAGUUGCUGUGGUAACAGAAUUUAUUCGUUGGAAUGAGGAAGCAGUAUCAAGGUGCAAUAUAUUGUCUACGCAGCCAUCUGUACUUGCUGCAAAUGUAAGAGCCGUGUUCACUUGUCUUUUGGAUCAAGUAAGUAGGUACUUAACUGAAGGCCUUGAACGGGCUAGGGAAGGCUUGACUGAGGCUGCAGCUUUGCGGGAAAGAUUUGUGCUAGGAACAAAUAUCAGUAGGAGAGUAGCUGCUGCUGCUGCUUCUGCUGCAGAAGCAGCGGCCGCAGCUGGUGAGAGCAGCUUCAGAUCGUUCAUGGUUGCUGUACAGCGUUGUGCGAGUAGUGUGGCUUUAGUUCAGCAAUAUUUUGCCAAUUCGAUAUCUCGGCUUUUGCUGCCUGUUGAUGGGGCACAUGCUGCAUCAUGUGAAGAGAUGGCCAACGCAAUGUCUAAAGCAGAAUCUGCUGCUCAUAGAGGACUACAGCAAUGCAUUGACACUGUGAUGGCUGAGGUCGAAAGGUUGUUAUCAGCGGAGCAAAAGGCAACUGACUACCGCUCUCCUGAUGAUGGGAUUGUUCCUGAUCAUAGGCCUACUAGUGCAUGUACGAGAGUUGUUACUUAUCUUUCGCGUGUCCUGGAGUCCGCGUUCACUGCAUUAGAGGGUCUCAACAAGCAGGCGUUUCUUACUGAAUUGGGAAACCGCUUGCAUAAGUUGCUGCUCAGCCAUUGGCAGAAAUUCACUUUUAAUCCCAGUGGAGGGUUGCGCCUGAAACGUGAUAUAACAGAGUAUGGAGAAUUUGUGCGCAGUUUCAACGCUCCUUCUGUCGAUGAGAAAUUUGAAGCAUUGGGAAUCUUGGCAAAUGUCUUCAUUGUUGCUCCUGAAAGUCUGUCUACUCUGUUUGAGGGGACCCCUAGUAUCCGUAAAGACGUACAAAGAUUUAUUCAGCUUCGGGAUGAUUACAAGUCAGCAAAACUUGCAGUAAAACUCAGCUCAUUGUGGCCUAGCCUUGGUUAGUUCGAGUCCGCGUUAUUGGAAGGUUUACAUCACUUUCCAAGACUCUCGAGGAAGAAGACGCGGUUAUUGUCUUUGCCGGAGUUCUUGUCAUGAGCGUUGUUGCUUGAUAUCAAAGUCGAAAGUCAUGGUUAUAUAGCUCCUUCUUCAAACUGUAUUUGAGAGUUAAAAGCAUCUUGAAGUUAUUGUAUAAAGGUUGGAAACUCUUAUUUGUAGCAUAUUUUUUAGUUUAGUUCAUUUCUUUUGUUUAUAUAUGUACAUUUUAAUCUUAGUGAUUUUUGAUCUUUUUUAUGAUUUUAACCUUUUUGACUUGGGUUUGUGUUGGAAACAAGAAACAAAAGAUUCGGUUUUUUUGGCGCCUUUUUUUAUUACACAUUACUUUCCUGUCCGGCUGUC